GCGGUUGUUUACUUCUUGCAUUCGAUAUCUGGUGCGUCGACAACAUGAAGCUUUACUUUGCAUUUGCAGCGGUACUUACCGUAGCCGCGGCGGCUGGUUCCAACCAGCAGUAUACCACCCCCGUCCCAAUCCUAAAACAAAUCAACAAACACAACGAAGACGGCUCCUACAGCUACGGCUACGAAGCGGCCGAUGGCACCUUCAAAAUAGAAACGAAAUAUCCAGACGGUGAAGUGUUCGGAAAAUACGGCUACGUAGACGACACCGGAAAUUUACGCGAAGUCGAAUAUGGUGCGAGUCGUAGAGGUUUCGAACCCGUAGGAAACGAAAUACAGGUUCCACCACCGACUUUGAGACAGAACCCCAACGCCAUUGCCAGACCUUUAGCUCCCAACGAAGAAGACGAUGGUCAAUAUCGCGAGGAUCCAGCUGUAUACUACGCUAACGAGCCCAACAACAAUCAAAGAGCGCCACAGUCGAGGUACUACCAGCCUGCUCCGCAACCCCAACCAAAGUACACUCAACCGCAAUACCAACCCACUUAUAGAGCACCACAGCCUGCCUAUCAACCCGCUCCAAGGCCUGUCUAUCAACCCCAACCCCAACCCGUCUAUCAGCCCCAACCUCAACCAGUUUUUAGACCACAACCUCAAUACGACUUCGCUCAACACCAACCCAGACACUACAACCCCGCUCCUCCAGCUUACCCCAACUACAACUCAUUCCAAGGUCAUCCAGCGUCAAAUGUAGACAUCAACACUGGAUCAUACACAGUCCAAUACAGAAGAUAAAUCUCUAAAUAAAGAAUAUAAUAAAUAGUAUUUAUUUUUUUACAAAAAAAACAUUUACAACUUAAGAUAAGACUGUUGCUAGUCUAAUAACAUUGUACUUCAAUUUAGCUCAUAGUAUUACAUCUUAAGUAUUGUGAUAUUUAUAAACAAUAAAAAU